UUACACUACAGUUGUAUUUAAAUUGGCUUUGACAGCUCACGUGUUUAGACUGUCGAUUACCCGGAUGAAAAAGAUAGGGGCUUCGCUUUCAAAAGGAUCAAACUCCCAGUGGAUCAUCAUGGAUUUUAUGACAGAUCGGGACGUGCAAAAGUACAGGGAAGAUGGAUACGUGGUUCUAGACGGGCUGCUGACCUCUCAGGAGUGCGAUGAGCUGAGGCAGAGAAUGACAGAGAUCGUGGAGCGUAUGGACGUCCCAGAGCACUGCCGGACUACUUUCUCCACCUACCAUGAGGAGCAGCUAAAAAAACAGGGGAAUGCAGAUUAUUUUAUCACAAGUGGAGAUAAGAUCCGUUUUUUCUUCGAGAAGGGCGUUUUUGAUGACAAAGGGGAAUUCAUCGUACCGAAGCAGCAGUCUGUCAAUAAAGUCGGACAUGCCCUACAUGCAUAUGAACCUUUGUAUAAGAAAGUUACACAUUCAGCCAAGGUCCAGGGGAUAGCCAAGAAACUGGGUCUGGUUAAUCCUGUGAUUCUGCAAAGUAUGUACAUUUUUAAGCAACCAGGAAUCGGUGGUGAAGUGACACCACACCAGGAUGCCACGUUUCUGUACACCGAGCCUCUGGGCAGAGUGAUGGGAGUGUGGAUCGCCUUGGAGGAUGCGACUGUUAACAAUGGCUGCCUAUGGUUUAUACCAGGAUCACAGAAUAGUGGUAUUUCCCGUCGAAUGUUGCGCACCCCGAAAGGCACCUUUCCACUGACGGACUUCAUCGGAAGAGAGCGAACUUAUGACGAGGAGAAGUUUGUAGCUGCACCUGUUAAAAAAGGUGGUGUGGUUCUGAUCCAUGGAGAGGUCGUGCACAAAAGUGCUGAAAACACCUCUGAGGACUCUCGUCAUGUCUACACCUUCCACAUCAUGGAGACUCUGGACACUCGCUGGAGCCCUGACAAUUGGCUGCAGCCCACUGAGGAGCUGCCAUUUCCACCUCUUUACACCAAAUGAAGAAUGUCUCUGGCAGCUGGAGCUGAGCUCACAAAGGUGGACCAAGGAAUAG